CCAUCAGCAAGGCUACACAGCCUCUAGGAUAUAUAACUCCCCAUUACCCCCACAUCUAUUCUGUUCCCAAGCACCGCAACAACUCAAUUCCCCGAAGAGAUCAAUCACCAUGGACGUCCACGUUGUCUCCAAGCAAAACCCCGCCCAGCACGCGACCUUCCAGCUCCCCUCACCGACCGAGCCACUCGUCGCGCCCUCAUCAAUCCGGGUCCGCGCCUCGCUCAUCGGCCUGACCUCCAACAACCUGACCUACGCGAUGCUCGGCACCGCCUGGAAGUGGUGGGACACGUACCCCGUUCCCCCGACCGCGCCGGCGCCCUACCACGACCCGGCCGGCUGGGGGAUCGUGCCGGCAUGGGGCUACGCCACCGUCCUCGAAAGCACCGUCCCCGACCUGCCGUCCGGGACAUCGAUCUUCGGAUACUGGCCGGCGUCCGGCCACGCGGUGGACCUCCACCUGACGCCCGGGGAGCCGCACGGCCACUGGACGGAAGUGUCCCCGCACCGGCGGGGUCUGUUCUGGCUGUACAACCAGUACACUGCCGUGGUCGAUAUGCGAUUCAAAAGCCUGGAGACGCGGGGCUGGGACUGCGCCGUGCGCACGAUCUGGACCUGCGGCUAUCUCCUCAGCGAGUACGUCUUCACCCCCGACCCCGCGACGCAUCCGCCGCUGCACCCGUCCCCGUCCCCGGAGAAGGAGGAGAAGGAGGAGGAGGAGGAGGAGGAGGCAAAGCGGUGGACCGCCGACGACGCGGACCUCUCCCACGCCGUCGUCAUCAGCCUAGGCGCGUCAACGAAGACCGGCCGCGCACUCGCGCAUAAUCUCGCCUGCAGGCCCGCCGGGACGGGUCCCCGGGGCUUCCUGCAGGUCACCUCGGCGCCGGCGGCGAUCGCGGACGCCGCGACGAAGCUCGCGCCGCCGUUCCCCACCAAGACUGUGGCCUACGCCGACAUCGCCGCGGCGGCGACGGAGGAGUGGCUGGCAGGCAGGCAGGCGUCUAAGAUCGUGCUGGUCAAUUUCGGCAGUCGGGAUGGCGGAGUCGAGCAGGUGUUGGGCCUGAUCCGGAAUAAUCCGGUCCUGAAGGCUGCUAGGCUUGUUUUCAUUGGCGUGGGACUCCAGCAGAAGGUUCACACGAUUGACGAGCUUGUUGCCCUUGGGAAUGUCGCUGCUCAAUUGGGCAUCGUUCAGCUCAACACUUCAUCAAUCAUGGAAGCUGCUCUCGGUGUUGUAGAUCACAAGAAAUUCUUUGACGAAGUGGAUGAGCGCUGGAAUCAUUGGCUGGUCAAUCGCGAAUCUGCUGCCCCUGAUCUGCGUCUGGUCUGGGGCAACGGGGUCGUUGGUGCAGAGGGCCUUGAGGGAGGCUGGGAGUCGCUGUGCAAGAGCCAGUUGAACCCCGAGAAGGCCUUGGUUUAUCGUCUGUAUGAUGGAGCAUUGGCACACCAGUCUUAA